AAACUAAAAUCAGAGAAAGAUGAUUUCAAAAGAACACUUGAAAGAGGAUUUAGAUAUAGUUUUAAUGUUGUAGUUGAUGGAGACCAUAUUAGAGUUAGAGAACAAACUUUAAGGGAUAAAGGUGCUGCUCUUGAAAUGUUUACCGAAAAAAAGGAUCAAGAAGCAUUUAAAAUCUCUAUAUUUAACUCUAAUUUCUAUUCCCGGGCAGCAGGCGAGAUAAUGGAAAAAAUAUUUACUUCGGAUGAAAAAGAAAAAUUAAAAAAUUUAAUAGAAGGAUUAGAAAAAGAAGAGAAUUCUUUGAUAGUUAGUGCUCGUUCGGAAGUGAGCAAAACAAUAAAUGAACAUAAAAAUAGGACUCUCUCACUUCAUGAUUAUAAUUCUCUUAAUUUCGAUUUAUUAGGUUUGAUUAAAGUUGACAAAGAAAACUUUCCGCAAAGUUAUAAUUUGUUUGAGCGAGUGUUAAACACACUUAACCAAGAUAAAGAACUUUAUGACCAAGGAAAAAUAAAAGAACACUUUUCCCAAGCCUUAGAGGAAUUAGAAAAAUUAGUAAAAAGCGUUAAAAGCAAAAAGAAACCGAACAAAACUAAAAAAGAAGAGAGUGCAAACGUAGGAGAAGAAAAUGUUGAAAACGAAACUCCGCCUGAACAGACCCCCCCUAACCAGAACCAGUCGGAAGGGGAUAAAAAUGUCCCUACUGACUCAAACGAGAAGCCAGAAGGACAAAAUAAUUCAGAAAACAAUGAGAACACCAAUGAACCUAAUAAUGAUACUUCUUCUAACUUGCAAACUCUCAAAACUCAAGUUAUCUCUGAAAUUACCGCUGCUCUCAACGAAACCCCUCUCUUAAAUAAUUCUGAUUUGUCUUCAAAAUACCAAGACUGGGAAAAUGAAAUCAAUAAUCUUUCAGACGAAAAAGAUAUUAAUUUUUUAAAAACUAGUGUGCUGUUCGAUAUUGAGGACCAAAGAAAAGAGAAAGUAAAAAGACAAUCUACUGGCGAAGUUA